UCUUUAUUUUCCUGUCGGGCGCAAUCAGAGGCUGAUGUGGAGCGACGGUAAAGCCACUCAGCAGAUUAUAGUCGGGCUUUUUAAAACUUUCUGCGCCUGCCGGAGGAGGUUCUGGUCCGCGGAGCAGCGCGGCCCGGUGUUUGUGGAACAGGAGCCGCGGCGCAGAUAUCACUUCGCCGGGUUCUGAAGCGUGAAGAGACGAGACAACAUGCCGGGAGACGGGUUCACCUUCAGGAGCCGCAUCAGGAACCUGCUGCGGUCUCCAUCCGCCAGGAAGAAGAAGAGCAGCGGAGAGAACCUGGACGGGAAGGUGACCCUGGAGAAGGUGCUGGGCGUCACCGCCGUGGGAAACAGCGGACUGGCCUGCGACCCCCGGUCUGGACUCGURGCCUAUCCUGCAGGGUGUGUGGUGGUCCUCCUGAACCCCAAAAAGAACAAGCAGAGCCACAUUAUCAACACUUCCAGAAAAACCAUCACAGCUUUGUCCUUCUCCCCAGAUGGAAAGUACUUGGUGACAGGAGAGAAAGAUGUGGUUGUGGCUGCGAACAAGGUGUCCAGUAAAGUGACGGGCGUGUCUUUCUCCGAGGACAGCUCCUACUUUGUGACUGUUGGUAACCGACACAUCCGGUUCUGGUAUCUGGAUCAGAGCAAGACCAGCAAGGCAAGCGCCCCCGUGCCUCUGCUGGGCCGCUCCGGGCUCCUCGGGGAGCUGAGGAACAACUUCUUCUGUGAUGUGGCGUGUGGGCGGGGCUCCAAGUCUGACUCCACCUUCUGCAUCACCUCCUCUGGCCUGCUGUGUGAGUUCAGCAGCAAGAGGACGCUGGACAAGUGGGUGGACCUACGGACCACCAUGGCUCAGACCCUGACUCUGUCCGAAGACCUGAUCUUCUGCGGCUGCGCUGGCGGGACGGUGCGCGCCUUCAGGACCGCCGACCUCCACUUCGUCUGCACACUGCCGCRGCCACACCCCCUCGGCUCAGACAUCUCCGCCGCCACCGAGGCCAGCCAUCUUCUCAACACCAGGGCAGAUGCUUGUUUCGCAGACGUCAUCGCCCUUCAGUACGACUCCGUCGGCCGCUGGCUCAGCUGCGUGUACAACGACCACAGCCUGUAUGUGUGGGACGUUAGAGAGGUGCACCGGGUCAAGAAGGUGACCUCUGCCCUCUUCCACGCUGCCUGUGUUUGGGAUUUGGAGCUGUUCCCAGAUGUUCCUGAAGAAUCAGCUGCUGGCCUGUCGUCAGGCUCGUUCCUCACCUGUUCAGCUGACAACACAAUAAGGAUGUGGCACAUGGAGGACCCGACCCAGAGACGUGUUCAGUCUCAGAACAUCCUCAGCCACGAUCUUCUGAAUAUAAUUUAUGUCGAUGGAAACACCAGUAUUUUGUUGGAUCCAGAUUGUUCAACAAACGUGAAUGCGGACAAAUCGGGUGAAGCACAAGCCACAGAAAUCAAGACGGGCAUCAGGACGGCCUGUGUCAGUCCAGAUGGCAAACACCUGGCGUCUGGAGAUCGCAGCGGGAUGCUGAGGGUUCAUGAACUCAGCACCAUGAAGGAGAUCCUGAAAGUGGAGGCUCACGAUGCAGAGAUCCUCUGUCUGGAAUACAGCAAAGCAGAAACAGGUCUGAAGCUGUUGGCCACAGCUAGCAGGGACCGUCUGAUCCACGUCCUGAACGCAGACGAGGACUACAGUCUGGUGCAGACACUCGAUGAGCACUCUUCAUCCAUUACUGCCGUCCACUUCGCUGCUCAUGAAAACAAGCUAAAGAUAAUCAGCUGUGGUGCCGACAAGAGCAUCUACUUCCGCACGGCACACAAGGUAACACAUAAAAGACUUUAUUUUUUAUGCUUUUUUAGUAGAAUAUUCUAUAAAYACACUUAAAGUACUCUUAAUUGA